AUGGGUGAACAAGGAGGAGCACCACAAUCACCUUUACCCCUCCCCGAAUUUGAUGAUGAUACGAUUGGACAUUGGGCUAGUCAUUUACCUGAUGUGGCUGGAGUGAUGGAAGUCAUAGAGCGAGCGGAAGACCUUCCAGGAAUUCCGUGGCCAGACCACGUUGAAUUGGAGGAACAUCAACUUCAGGAAGUAGCAGACAAUGACGGUAACGCAGUUGGCAUGGAGGAGGAUCAACUAGCAGCCAAUGACGUCCGUAACGCAGUUUGCAAGGAGGAUGAUCAACUUCAGGGAGUAGCAGACAAUGACAGUAACGCAGUUGGCGUGGAGGAGGAUCAACUAGCAGCCAAUGAAGUCGGGUUAGUACUAAGCGAGUGGACGGAUGAUUGGGCUAAUGAACUUGAUAAUUAUCAAAUGGAUGAAGAAGGGGGAGAGUCAGUGGAUUUUGACGUUGCAGCCUUAUCCAAUAUUUCUCCGUACUACGUGGAUAAUUCAGGAAAUUGUUACAAGUUUGGCGAGGAGAAUCAACCCCAGGAGGGAGUAGCAGCCAAUGGCGGUAAGGUAGUUGACGAGGAGGAGGAUGAACUAGCAGCCAAUGACGUCGGUAACGCAGUUCGCGAGGAGGAGAAUCAACUAGCAGCCAACGACGUCGGUAACGCAGUUCGCGAGGAGGAGAAUCAACUUCCGAGAGCUGAAGGCAUACAAAGCGAGGUGCGGGAGAGCUUGCGGACAUCUUGCAAGUUGAUUGUGGUGCGGCAUAAUGACGAACUAGUUAUUGAAGCAAACAAGUUUUGGAAUGUGGGAUUUAUAAAGGGGCGUAUUGAAUUUUCGCUGCUGAUAAGUGAAAGGAAGCAAGCCCUAUUCUCCAACGGCGAAUAUCUUAAUGAUAAUUUGCGUACACUUGAGAGCAUUGAAGGGUUUGAAUCCAACCCACGCAUCCAGCUGUUAGAGUUAGAAGUACCAUUGAAGGCGGCCACCGCCACAGCUUCGGCUUCGGCAGCACAGCCAGCACAGCCAGCACAGCCAACACCUGCAGCCAUCCUCAAAAAGGCGGGAACGACUCUUGAGAGAAUUGAAGGGAUUGAAUCCGACCCACGCAUCCAGCUGUUAGAGUUAGAAGUACCAUUGCAGGCGGCCACCGCCACAGCUUCGGCUUCUGCAGCACAGCCAACACCUGCAGCCAUCCUCAAAAAGGCGAGAACGAAAGCUAGUAGGAGGAAGCCCCCGAUCAAUGAAAUCAAAGAUGCACCACCUCUGCCGCCAUCCACGUCAGCCCUCCCACGGACAUCUGCGGCGACGGUGGCAGGGUGGGGAAGUACAAGCCCCUUUUCCGUGAUGAGACGUAGUGCCGUUUCUAAGAGGGCUGCACCAGCUACACCACCAACAUCAGCUUCUGAUGAAGAAACUAAAGAUGAUCCUGACUAUGUAGAGUCCGACUCCUCACCAUCUAUUCAAGGCUCAUCACAUCCAACGGAUUAUAAGGGACGGCUACGGCCGCGGCCUCAGCGCUGA